AGUAUUGAGCUACAGUUGCAAACUAAACGUUCUAAAAUAAACAACUUAUUUUAAAGAUACUUAUUAUAAAUUUGUGAAAAAAAUUAAAGAUAUGGCUUCAAAAAAUUGUGUUAAAAUAUCCUACAAAGGUCUAACGCGCCAAGUUUUAUGUGAUACCAAAUUUCAAUAUGAUGAACUUUUAUCAACAGUUAUGGAUAAAUUUAAUAUUAAUAAAAACCACAAAUUGGCCAUUGAUUUCUAUGAUGAACAGGGUCAUAAAUACAACAAAGAUACAUUUGAAUAUUUUCUACUAUUAUUUCCUAAUCCACAAAAAAUAUUCUUCAUACGUUUGGAUUCCUCGAAAAUAAUAAAUCUAACUGCAACAGAAGUCGGCCACUCUCUAAUGGAUGAAGAUGAUCGUAAGCCUUUCGGUAAAUCGAAAUUAAAUAAUAAACAGACAGAUAAACAGGAAACGGAUAGUUAUUGUGAAGCUGUUCCGGUAAGAAGACAAAAUUGUUUUCUUGGAGAAAUGCCCACAACAACAAUUACACAACAGCUAAACAGUACUUCUCAUACUCGAAAUACCUCUUCAAGUAUGACUUUGGAAAUUGUCAAAAGAAUGCGUCUUCUUAAACAGAAUUCACCCAAAAAGAAACAUUUAAAUAGCCCCACAGUUUUUAAACGUUCGAUGAGAAUUUAAAGCAGAUUUCAUGUAAAAAAAACUAGAGUUUAAGUUAUAACUAUCUCAUGUUUAACAAACCCCGAACUGAACAAUAAGUUUAAAACUAAAUUUAAAAUCCUAUGAAAUAUUAUUUUAAUUUUUAUCUAUAGAAUAUAAGUACUAUUUAAAUAAGUGAUAUAUAAUUAAUAGUAAAUAAGCAAAAAAAGAAUGUAUAUAAAAAAUUUUAUAUGAUACUCAUUGAUACCAUUUUAUAGAAGAAAUAUAUAUUUAUUUAUUCUCAUUUUCAUCCAAGAUA